AUGCAGCAAUCAGAUUUAGAAAUAGUCACCCAGUGCUCCCACAUAUCAAAACCACCAGACUGGCAAAGAGUUCCCAUGUUACGCCAUCCAAAAAAAAGAAAAUUAUCCUCCACACCUUCUCCCGAAUUAAUAAAAACAACAAAUAGCUUUAGCGGACUUCCGAUAGAUCAGCCGGAAUAUAGGGCGAGAGAUGCAAAAGACAAGAAAACUAAUAAACCUCCCCCUAUAAUCUUGUACGGAAUUGAGGAUGUUCAUAAACUCACUGAACUCCUAGAAACUGCAACAGAUAGAUCUAAUUUCUCUUAUAAGAUUAUUAGCAGAAACCAACUUAAAGUUUUAUCAGUGAACCUGGAGAUAUACAAGAAGGUAAUAACUGUUAUACGAGAACAUGGACUAAUAGGACACACCUUUAAUAGAAAAGACCAAAAAUGCUACAGGAUCGUUAUAAGAAAUCUUCACCACACUACUCCUACUACUGCUAUCAAAGAGGCCAUUGAAGAGAGUGGCAACACAGUAGUAGGCGAGAUUAUUAAUGCCAAAUUUGGUCCCGACAAAAAACCCACUUCUACCUUUUUUGUAAAUUUGCUUCAAGGUCCUAAUAAUGGAGCUUCUUGGGAUAUUAGAUUUAUAUACCAUCAAGCUGUUACUAUUGAAGAACCCAGAAAAAGGAAAACCACGCAACACUUACCACGUAAACAUAAGAAAUUUGAGUAUAAACCUCAAAAAGAUAAGGAAGAAACUGAUAAUAAAACCUCUGCUAAUCAGAAUAAAGAGGAAAAUGAACCGCUGCAGGAGCAGAGGAAAGCACAUGAGCACAAAUCGUAUGCCGAUACAGCCAGAUAUAAGGUACAUCAAAAUAAUACAAUCCAUCAACCUGACUCUUAUAAAGUCAUAGAACAAAUGUUUAUACAACAAUCCCAAAAGAUUGAUACUGUGUUACAGCAAAUGAGUACAUUACUUGUACUCAUUGCAGUACUAGUCACUAAGUUAACAAAAUGA